AUGGAGGAUGGCAAAAUCUGGUAUCUUACAACUGUUUAUGCGAGUCCUUUGGAUGAUAGGAAUAAAAAGUUGUGGAUGGAUUUGACUAGCCUUACUGCUAGCAUGGAUUCAGGUUGUAUUGUGGGCAGAGAGUUUAAUGAUUUUCUCCACUUGAAUGAAAAAAGAGACGGGCUCCCGACUUCCCUUCGGAGAUGCACUCUCUUUCAAAAUUGUACCAACCGAUGCAAUCUUCUUGACAUGGGUAGCUUUGGAUUUCCUCUCACUUGGCGUGGUCCUGUUAGUUACAGGGGUAUGCGAAUUUAUGAAAAAUUAGAUUGUGUUAUUUGUAAUAACAGAUGGAGGAACAUGUAUCUUGAAGCUCAUGUUAAGGUGCUUCAUUGUCUUGAGUUUUCUGAUCAUCACACUGUUUUGCUUACUCUUAUGGAUAAGGAUUUGACUAAGGUGCCUAAAGCUUUCAAAAUCGAGUGUGCAUGGCUAGUUGAACCAUCCAUUGAGGAUUUAUAA